GCUAUCUUGAUCAAUUUUAUAUUUUGUUUAUCCGUAAAUGAUUGAAAAUAUUAUGGAGAAAUCGAUUAACGUUUAUUUAAGGAUACGACCCAAUACAACUGAAAAUGAAAAUAUUUUUGAUGAAAACAAUUCUCAGAACACUUCAAAAAUGGUUGUGAUCAAUUCAAAUCCAUACAUAUUUGAUCAUAUUUUUUAUCCAGUUGCUACACAAGAUGAUUUCAAAGUGAUGGUUGAACCUUUAGUCACAAAAUUACUCGCUGGCUUCAAUUGCUCUCUGCUUGCUUAUGGACAAAGUGGAACUGGAAAAACAUACACAAUGGGCUUAUAUGAAUCAUCUGAUGGUUUAAUAGCACAAACCGUUAAUUCAAUGAUGAGUCAACUGGAAAAUGAUCCAAGUGAUGUGAAAAACAUUGUGAAAAUUUCUUACAUAGAAAUUUACAAUGAAAAAGUUUACGAUCUCCUCGUCGAAAAUUGUUUUGAUCCUAUUUAUGCAAAGGGUACAAUUUUUCAAGGUUCAACUCAGAUUCCUAUCAAAGAUUUUAACGAAGCUUAUGAAAUAAUUCAGAAAGGGAACAAAAUUCGUCAUGUCAGAGACACGAAACUCAACAGCUCCAGUUCAAGAUCUCACGCAAUGUUAUCUGUUUUCCUUACCCGGAGUAAUGAAAAUUCAGCAGAAACUUCUGUUAUGCGUUUCUGUGAUCUUGCUGGAUGUGAAGGAAUUCGAAACACGCAUCAUAUUGGAAUGGCUCAGAAAGAAGGUGUCAACAUCAACAGUGGUCUUUUAGCAGUUGGGAAAGUCGUAAAAGCUUUGAUUGAAGACAAGAAACUUAUACCUUAUCGUGAUAGUGUUCUCACAAUGGUUUUAAAGGAUUCCCUCAAUACGAAAUCAUAUAUUAGCAUUCUUGGCUGCAUUUCUUCGUCGAUCAAAGACAGAACUGAAACUUUGUCAACGAUACAAUUUGUCCAACGAAUCAAAACAUUGGACUCCAAAAAUAUUCCCGAAUAUAAUGCAUAUAUGAAGGAAAAACAGCGUUUACAAGCCCGUACUCCUUUGAAAUCUUAUAUGUUACCUUUGUCAACUAAUAAACGUGUGAAUUCUGUUGUUAAAACUCCACGAGCCAAAAGUGAUUAUAACUAUACAGGAACAAUACGAAAGACUCUUACAAAACCACAAAUUGGACAAUAUUCAUUCAAACCUAACAGUAGAAAGUCACUUCGAUUCAACAAAUCAAAUCUCAAUGACACUUUUAAUGUUGUGGAUCACAAUGAAAGUUCCUGUUCUUCAAUGAAUAGAGAAAAUCAUCGUAUUGAGUGUCAAAAUCAGCACAACUUUCAAUUUAGUCCUUUGAUGCGUCGAAUUGAAAUGGCAAUCGAUAAUAAAUUUUCUUCUUUCAUGGAAACUAUCAAGAAUCAAACAAUUCAAAAUUCCUUGUUUUAUCCUGAACUUCUGAGAUCAUCUGUUCGUUCAAGUGUUGCUUCGAGUGUAGCUAAAACUAUAAACUGUAAUAAGGAUCCACUUGAUGAUAGCAGUUACUCAGAAAUUACAAACUUUACUAUUUCCAAUGAUGAUGCUUCAUCACCAACAACAUCAACAGUUCUUCGUCGUCAAGGGACAAAUGAGAACAAUAACUUUAUGAUGAAUAAAAGAAGCAACGAUGAGCUUAUGGCAAUAGCAAUUAGUGAUUCUGAAAACGAGAUUACUCUAGAAGUUCCAUCGAAUGAGACUGUAAUCAGUCGACCACCGAUUAGAAGAAGUACAAGAAUUCAAAUUCGCAAGCAAGAAGAACGAUUACGAAGCAUUUCUAAUGAAACAAUACCUGAAGAAACAUCACAUCGAAUCACUAAGAGAAGUCUUGAGAAAAACAUUUUGCAGAUCUUAAACAAUGGAUCAUUAAAAGAACUGCAAAAAAUUCCAGCUGUGGGACUUAAAACUGCUCAACAAAUUCUCACUUAUCGAUCAGUUAAUGGAAAAUUUAAAACUCUUGCUGCUGUCAAAAAAGUUCAUGGGAUGAGAGGAAAGUUUUAUGAAAAUUUUCUAAUGGCAAACACGUUAAAAUGAAUAUCUUGAAAACUUUCCAUAAUUUAUACCACAAAUCAUCAUUUAUCAUUUAAUUACUUGUCUUUUUUUAUAUUCUAAACAUUCUACGUUUCAACGACAUUUCAAUGCAUUUUCUGUUUGUUUAAGAUUUAUGUAGAAAUAAAUGUGAUGAUUUUAAAAUAUUUUCAUGUUUGAAAUUUUCCAGAGAAUUCUCAACUAAAUAAAUUGGCAAAUGAAUUUAUCUACACGAAUUUCGUUUGAAUGAUAUCUAACACCAUACUUAGCAAAGCUAAGAAAGUUACAAACUUUCUAAGUAAAUUUUAAGAUUAUAAUUAAAUUUUUAUUUUAUAUUUUGUGUGUUUUUCUCAGUUCAUUAAAGUGAAGCGUUAAAAAAUAUCUUUCUCCAUAAUUAAUUCAUUCCUCAACAUAAUACUAAUUUAUUUCAAUUUAUCCAUGUGCAAAUGUUUUACUUAUAUUCAUGGAAAGUUUUAAUGAACACUCGUCGCAAAGAAAAAUAAUUUUCUAAUCUCUACCAGAAGGAAAAAGCUUUUAAUUAUAAUUAAUGAAUAUUUUUUCGUUGAAUAUCUUCUUAAAUAUUUAUUAGUGUUUUUCUUCGUUAUUUUGGUAAUGUGGAUUUUUCUUAGGCACUUCGAAUUUUUAAAACUUACAAACGAUUUUUCUUUUCAUUUUCCAACUUUUGCGUUAAGCUUUAAAAAAUUCUCGUUCCAUCUGAUUUAUACUACAGAAGCUCAAACCUUUUUCUCUGUCAAAUCUCAAAAAUCUGUUUGAGAAUCUCUGGUUUUUAAGUUCUUACAAAUUUUCCUUCGAAUUUUCUACAAUUUCUGUUUCUGUCUUUUCGCGAGGACUGUUCCCACGAAUAAAAAAAUUUCUUCAUUAUUAUUAAAUUUCGAUUAAAAGUUGAUAUCCUUCAAAAUAAAUCAUUAAAUGAUGAAAUAAAUGCUGAUUUCCCUCAAUUUAACAAGGAUUCGAUUCGGGAUUCGCAUCUUCAUCUUGUUCUGAUAAAAGUGGACUUUUAUCAGUCGUGAAAGUGGCAGGCAAAAAUGUUGCUGGUGUGGUUGGUGCUGAUCUCGAUACCCAGCCAUUCCUACCUUUUAUCAUACCAGCUUUCAUCAUGAAAUUACCUACAGAACGUGGGCUUACAAUAUUUGGUGCUACAAAACUACUCGUCAUUGGCAUGUAAACCGAUCGAUUCUUCAUAUUAAAGAAUUUUCUUUUGCUAUUAAAUGACGUUGGUCUUUUUAUAACAGGUUGGUAUGAAGCUGUAUCUUGUGCUAAGUUAUCAUAUUCACAAGCUUGUCCAUUAUUUAAAUUUUCAUCAGAAAAUUUUGCGUCUUUCAGUUGAUUGAUUUGUUCAAGUAAUUCUUUAACUUCUUGUGUCGGACUUGUUGCUUGUGGGGGUGAUCCAAGACUAUUGAAAUUCGCUAAACUUGAAACAGUUGAUCCAGUAUUUGAGUUGUUAUAUCCUUCCAAUGUUGGCAUUUCACAAAUCUUCUUAGAUGCUUCUCCACUCAAUGGUGAAUCAUUAUCGAAACUUGAAGUGACAUUAAAGUGCGACCUUGUUUGUGCAAUCUGUUGUUGCUGUUGUUGUAUCAUUUCACAACAUUUUUCCAAUUGUUUCUGAAUCAUAUUUAAUUUAGUGUUGUCAUUUGUUUUACGACUAUAUG